AUGCAAUUCAUCAACGCUUUCUUCGCUGCAACCACUAUUGCAAUCGCGCUUGCGAGAGAAAUACCUGCUCCUAAGCCUAAAAGUACAUCCGAGUUUGGUUUUGAACGCGAAGGACAAAUCUUGAUCUGCGAAGACCCUGAUUUUCAUAAGUGCACUAACGUCACUUAUAUGCAAGACGCAUGCGUGGGACUCGCCCCACAAAACUUGGACAAUGUUAUGACCAGUUUCGAUACUUUCGCGUACGGAUGCGAGUUUUACAAUCUUGCUAUGUGCGAUAAAGACAAUACAAACUUCGUUUUCCGAGGUGCUAUCACCGAUCUUUUAACGAGCAGUUAUUCUUCGUUCAAUGACCAAAUUACUUCAUUCCGUUGCGGAACGUAA